GCCGUGCCGCCUCGUCUCGCGCGGUGGGAUGGGAACAGUGGGAAUUUGAAAAGUGCUAAGGCGGCUAAGGUAACUGGUGGAACGGUGAUUCCGCGAGUUAGUGCUGUCCUCGCUUCCCGAACCCGCGUUCGACGACGAAGGACUCGAUGAAAGCGCGGCACGCUGCUGGCAAGCACGAUGAACCCUCUCCUUCACGCGCGGAACGUCGCUCCGGACCGACGACCAGGGCGAGGGCGGCUCUCAACAAGCGGAAUGGGGUGGCAGUGCCCAGCAGACAUGUGGCCCCGUGCAACAGCGCUGGACAGCCCGAAGGGGACGGGCUGCUCCUGUCUGGCUGGGGCCUCCCGGCGGACAUGGUGGCGGCGUACGAGCGGCGGGGACUGUGUCGCAUGUUCCCCUGGCAGCGGGAGUGCCUCCUGACAGUGCUGCACUCGGGGCGCAGCCUGGUGUACUCGGCACCCACCAGUGCAGGAAAGAGCUUGGUGGCAGAAGUGCUGAUGCUAAAGAGGGUGUUGGAGACUCACACCAAGGCCUUGAUGGUGCUGCCCUUCAUUUCCCUGGCCAGGGAGAAACUGAACGCACUGCAGGAGGUGGCUUGUGGUAUCCGGGUGGGCGGCUUCAUGGGCCAGCAGCGUCCCCCUGGGGGGUUGGCUUCCCUGGAUGUGGCGGUGUGCACCAUUGAGAAGGCCAACGGCCUCGUGAACCGCAUGCUCCAGGAGGGCACCCUAGCACAGCUGGGGACUGUGGUGGUUGACGAGGUACACCUGGUGGGGGACCCCAACAGGGGCUACCUGCUCGAGCUGAUGCUGGCCAAGCUGGCAUACAUGGCACGCAGGGGUGGCAGCGGGGUGCAGGUGGUGGCCAUGAGUGCCUGCCUGGGCAACCUGGAGGCCCUGGCACGCUGGCUGGACGCCGAGCUGUACCGCUGCACGGAGCGCCCGGUGCCCCUGCGGCAGCUUUUCAAGGUGGGCGAGGAGCUGUGGGAGGGCCCCCCUCUGCGCCUCGUGAAGGGCCCGGGGCCCCCGCUGCCGGAGGACCCGGAGGGGCUGCUGCAGCUGUGCCUGGAGACGUGGCUGGAGGGCCACGCCGUGCUGCUCUUCUGCCCCACCCGCGCCUGGUGCGAGGCCCUGGCACUGGCCCUGGCUCGGGGAGCGCGCCUGCUUCUCGCUCGACUGCACUCCGGGAGCUUAGAGGCCACCCACCUAGAGGCGGCAGUCGGGCUGAAGGAGAUGCUGGAAGGACUGCAGCUGGCGGAGCUGGGCCAACAGCUGGCGGCAACACCGGCCGGCCUGGACCCUGCACUGGGACGCUGCCUCCGCUGCGCCGUCGCUUUCCACCACGCAGGGCUCACGACGGACGAGCGUGACGUAAUAGAAGAGGCGUUCCGGCGGGGCGUGCUGCGGGCCCUGGUGGCGACGUCAACGCUGUCGUCGGGCGUGAACCUGCCGGCCCGACGGGUGGUGAUUCGUACGCCGAUGUUCCACGGCGCGCCGCUGGACGUCAUGGCCUACCGCCAGAUGGCCGGCCGGGCGGGGCGCCUGGGCAUGGACACCCACGGGGAGAGCGUCCUGGUGUGCAAGACAUCGGAGCGGGGCCUGGCAGAGCGCCUGUGUGGCGCCGAGCCGCCACCCAUUGGCUCCUCCCUGGCCGGCACGGGGGCCGCCACGCCGGCGCUUAAGAGGGCCUUGCUCGAGGUGGUGGCCAGCGGAGUGGCGAGCAGCCCGGAGGAGCUGUCCCUGUACUGGCGCUGCACCCUGCAGCACGCCCUGUCUGCCGGCCUGCCGCCUCUGGACGCCUGCCUGAGCUUCCUCGUGCAGCGGCAGUUUGUGCACCUCCGAGGUGGCGGCGAGGGCGGUCCCCGCUACCACCCGACACAACUGGGCCUGGCGGUGCUGGCAUCGUCGCUGUCCCCGGACGAGGCCCUGAGCGUGCUGGCCGACCUGGAACAGGCACGCCGCUGCCUGGUGCUUGAGAACGAGCUGCACCUCGUCUACCUGGUCACUCCCGUCCAUCUCAGCUCGCAGCUGGGGGCAGUGGACUGGGGCCGCUACCAGGCGCUGUGGGAAGGGCUGAGCCCGGACCGACAGCGGGUGGCGCAGCAGGCCGGGGUGACGGAGGCCUCCUUGGCGGCACGGGGCCGUGGCCGGGAGGCGUCCCAUCGACGCCUCCUGGUGGCCUUGGCCCUCGAAGAGCUGCUCGGGGAGCGGCCCCUGGCACAGGUGGCGCCGCGCUACGGCUUGCCCAAGGGCCUGCUGCAGUCGCUCCAGCACGGGGCCGCCACCUUCGCCGGCAUGGUGUGUGCCUUCUGCGAGCAGCUGGGCUGGCACGGCCUGCGUCUGCUCGUGUCCCAGCUCCAGUCGCGCCUGCACUUCGGCGUGCGUCCCGAGUUGGUGGAGCUGCUGCGCCUGCCCUGCCUGGACGGGCCGUGCGCUCGGCUGCUGCAUGACUGCGGAUUCACCGAGCCCCGCUGCCUGGCACAGGCUACGCCGGCCAACCUGGAGCUGGCCCUGAGCAAUGCGGGGCCCUUCCGAAGAGAGGACGAGGAGACGGGCAAGCAGACACGGCGGCUCUGGCUGCCGGGACGCAGACCGCUCAGCCACCUGGAGGCGGCGACCAUCGUUAUUCAGGAGGCCAGAGAGUUCGUGGAACAGUGCCUGGGUGCCAGGGUGGCCUGGGACGGCGCCGGGUUGCUUGAGGCGUCCCAGGCACACAGCAGCCGCACGACCGUUUCGUCGGCAGUCCCAGAAAAGGCUCAGUCUGCCGCUACGAUGGCAGAUGCGCAGUCCGAAGAACGCUCCUCUCCGCAACGAGUUCUCUGCGAAGUGGGGGACAGUGAGGGUGUCCUUCCAAAAUCUCCGUGCACCCUUCCCAUGUCCAGUCCCGCCUGCGGUGAUGAAACACUGCAGUGCUUGGAAGCGUUCAACUGUGACUCGUUCCUUAGCUCGCCGCUGAGCAUCCAUUCGAGAACAGUUUCUAACAGUAAAGAGGAAUGCAGCUUAGUUUGGGACAGUAAAGAACCGCUCGACAUCUUGAAAUGGAGUCCGGCAGAAAAAUGCUGGAAUUCACCUCUUGUAGAAUCUAGUUCAAGGCAUGCCAAUAUAAACGAAGAUGGGUUGAAAUCUAUAUUGAAAGCUUCCAGUAUUCCUUCUACGAGUGCCAGUACAAACGGAGACAGGAGCGAAGAUGCCAGUACUAGUGGAAAUGAGACCGAAUCUCAUCGGGUUGGGGAACGCGUGUCGGUGGCAAACAUUUCACCAACUGAUGAGACGGACUCGUUUUUUGUCCCCAAAGGGGGAAGCGUUUCGCGAUACUGUCGUGGCAACUCGUUGGAGGACGGAAGUCCCGGUUGGGGGCAGUCUCCGAUCUUGCCAGUGUUCCUGCCCGAGGAAGAAGAGUACAGACUGAGCGACAGCUUCGUGCUGGACUCACAGACAGCAAGAGCUCUCGACCCACCUGUUGUCGAGGUGCUUGCACGGCCCGCCAAACGUCGCUCACCACGCAGCGCGCGAGUCACCAGCACUGCCGCACCCGUUGUGCCGGAAGUACCAGGAAGUCCCCAGGAAGAGUUGUUUGCAUCCCCGUGCGACCACGAAGUGCCAUGCCGCCUCCGCCUGAGCCCCUUCUCGGACGAUUCCUCCGCGGGAAGUGCAAGCCCUUCGUCGCCAGUGAGCGUGAGGCGCAAGAGGGCGCGGGCCGAAAGGUCGGACGAGGACCUUUUUGCGUCGGUCUGCGUGGACGAACCUUCCGGGUCUCCGGGGGGGUCUCCGCGGGACUUUGUGGUGUGCGAGGAGGGCGACCUCUCCCUUCUUGGGGGCGCCUGGCUGGAGAAGGGCCUCUUCUCCCUGGCUCUGGCGCACGACGAACAGACUGUGGCCGUCUGCUGGCACGGCUACCGGGUCUACCUUCUGCCCCUGUGGCAGCAGCCCCCUGGUAGGCAUUCUUUUUCGCAGUAA